GCGAAAUUCCCUCUAUCUGCAAAUUGUAAAGGAGAGAAUAAUAUAGUUAUAGGUAGAAAAGAGUCUUCCAUUGCAUUUUUCAAGAUAUAUUAGUAAGAUCAUAUCCAGUAUAGCUUCUCAUGUUGCUAUUAUCGCCAUGGCGUCGCCGGACCAAUCCCAGCCCAUUCCGUCCGUCCACCCUCAACCAGAUCUACCUUCGCUUCAGGGAAUCGGAGCGUCCACAUCUACACCUGUAUCAAUUUCCACGACUGCUUCUCAGGUUUCUUCUGAGGCAUUUGGCACGCCAGAUUCUUCUGUAGGAGAUUCUCCCGGCAUCCCCAAACUUUCCGCUGCAACUGCGGAGCUUUUAGCCCGUGCAAAUAGUAGUUGGACAAAUCCACAAAUCCGUGCGAGCGACAGCGCCAGCACCGUUAUGAACAGCAUCAAUAGCGUCGGGGAGACUACAUGUUCCAUCCCCAGUGGAUUGAGCGCUGGGCUGGUUGUUUCUAAACCUCUAGAAAACGGUGAAAAUGAUGAGAAGGAAUGUGCAAAAGAUGGAUGGAUGCUCCAAUCCGACUCAGAUCAGCCGAAUGAGACAUUGUCUUCUACGGAUAUCAUGUUUCAACAGCAACCCCAACCACCUGCUACACCAAGCCAGAUUGGUAUUCACAAUUCCCGAAAAUCUAACGACAAUGUUACCCCAACAGCGUCCAAUCCAGCUGGUGCCAAAAGUACGCACCUGCGGAAAAUUGCUCCACGUCCUGGUACCCCCUUUGCCACUCCAACAUCCGGAUCGAAACCGCAGAGGACGACGACGACAACAAUACGUCGUCGCAAAAGUGGCCAGAAGGGAUCCAAAAGGCGCAGAACGGGGAGGAACAAUAGUAUGGACGAUGACGACGGGGUAAUUAGAGCUGGUGAUUCUAGCUUCGAUGAGUCUUGCGAUGAAGCUGCCUCGGUCACUACACAAACCAAGUCAGGUCGGCAAAUUCAUCGACCAACAGUGUUUUAUCCCGCGCUAGCUGCUACAGGAUCAGGAUCACCCACGGGCGCCGAUGUGUCAUCUUCGUCACCAGCACGGAAGCGGAGGAGAGUCUAUCGCAAGGGCAAAGAAAUGAAUGUAGUAUGCAAACGUUGCGAGAGAGGCCAUAGCCCUGCUGCUAAUGUGAUUGUGUUUUGCGAUGACUGCAAUCGCCCCUGGCACCAGUUUUGCCAUGACCCUCCGAUUGAGAAGGAGGUGAUUACCGUGAAAGAGCUGAAGUGGUUCUGCAAAGAGUGUCGGCCUCCUGCUGACGCUUCGUCAGACGAGAUGUCGGCCACGUCCAACGCCCAACAAGCCUCUAUCAAUAGGAUAGAUACUUCCAAUUAUCUACCUACUCUACCUUUAGAGACAAAAGUUGGUGGUGCACAGUUCUCCCUAGAACAGAAACGAGGAUAUUUAUGCAGUCUUUCCCACUCUCACCUCGUUAACAUUCUCCUAGAUAUUUCCAACUCUACGCCUGAGUUACCCAUCUUCCCUGAAAACCUCCCAGACUUACCAUCAUCUACCUUACUCCAACCAACCGCACAAGUACCAACAAUACAGUCGAGCAUGAGUGAAAAACCACCACUGGUAUCCGGCAGGUCCACCACCUCGGUUUCAACACUCGCUACCCAAAAUUCCCUAACAACCCCUCAAUCAACCGUCGCGGGCCACCAAUACGUACAACCUACCAUCACUGAUCUCCCCUCCAUCACAGAGGAAACUUUCUUACCCUCAAAGAACAACGACCUAUCCAGCGACGACGACGACGACGAAGAAUAUAUCUACAUAGAAGAUCACCGGUUAUACCCUAAGGCUGGCAAUGGUUUCCGCCUACCCCCCGAUUCAGAGGAUCUGGACAUGCUCCUUGAAGAUCCCGCAUGCACUACCUUCAGUCACUCCUUCCAUGGUCCGGCGAAGGCAAGGAUGCUGGGAGCAAGUGGCUUACCGGUGGUUGUCAGUGGUGCUGCGUAAAGUUCUUUGAUAUCGGCCUUUCGCUAGCGACUAUUUUUCAUGAUGCAUUGUCGGGGUGGGAGUUUGAGGCUUACACAUAGUUCUAAUCUCAUUUUUCCAUGCUUGUGACUGUGAGGCGCUCGUUGGCUUUCUGGGAGGAAGCUGGUUUAAACUUGUACCAAGUUCUUUUAUUCCCCUAUCCUAUGUAGCUUUUAGCUGUAUACUUACCUAUGAGUCGCUUAUAAGGAAGUGAAGACUUCAUUCAUUUUCUCCUGAAACUGUUGGUACGAGUACUGAUAUGCCAUUUACAGCUUCAAAUAUUCGUAGGUGUAUAUCUUAAUGCAACUGAUUCUAAUUAAAAUACUCCGCAGUGUAAUGAUAGUAGGGAUCAACUUGGUUAGAUAGAAAUCUGGUAUAGACAAAGAAAGAAAGAAAGAAAAAGAGAUAAAUAAAUAGAGAGAUACUCGCUUGGACCAAAGCUGAAAUGGAUAACCCGUAAGCAUGGACAUAUACUAAAAAUGAGUAAUCAAAGACAAAUAAAGUCAUGAGAACUAG